ACGGGGCCAUGGCGGCGGUGCGGAGGUGGCCGAGGAAGCUGGCGGUUCUCGCUGCGGCUCUGCCCGGCGCGGGCAGCCAGGGACGAGCAGCGGCCCCGGGUCCUGCCGUGUUACCGGCACCGGGUCCUACCGAGGAACCGGCCCCGGAGCCGGUCCCAGGAACGGCCGCCCCCGCCACAGCCGCGCUCUACGUGCACUGGCCCUACUGCCGCAAGCGCUGCUCCUACUGCAACUUCAACACGUACGUGGUGCGGGCGCUGGACGAGGCGGCCGUGCGCGCCUGCCUGGUGCGGGAGGCGCAGACCCUGCUCCGCCUCAGCCAGGUGCACAGGUGCGUCUACGGGGUGCGCUCAGAAUGGGCACUGCUGCGCUCUUCCGUGCCCACCUGCAACUCCCCACCUUCUGCCUCCAGCGUCACCUCCGUGUUUUUCGGCGGGGGCACUCCCAGCCUGGCCGGCCCCGGCACGGUGGCGGCGGUGCUGGAGGCCGUGGCGGGGGCUGCCCACCUUGCUGCUGCCGCUGAGGUCACGCUGGAGGCCAACCCCAGCUCCGCCAGCAUAUCGCGCCUUGCCGGCUUCAGGGCAGCCGGGGUGAACCGCCUCUCCAUAGGUGUCCAGUCGCUGGAUGACUCCGAGCUGAGGAUGCUGGGCCGGGAGCACACAGCGGCAGAGGCACGGCAGGCUGUGGAAGCGGCUCGGGGGCUCUUCCCUGGCCGAACCUCCAUGGACCUCCUGUUUGGGCUGCCGGGACAGAGCCGGGAUGCCUGGGCCCAGCGGCUGGAGGCAGCCCUGGGGCUCUGUGACGACCACAUCUCCCUGUACCAGCUGACGCUGGAGCGGGGCACGGCGCUGGCAGCACAGGUGCGGGGGGGAGCUCUGCCUGAACCCCCCCAGGAUCUGCUGGCUGACAUGUACGAGACCGCCCGGAAUGUGCUGGUGGCCACUGGCUUCCGCCACUAUGAGGUCUCCAAUUUUGCACGGAAGGGCGCCCUCAGCACCCACAACCUCUCCUACUGGCGAGCUGAUGAGUACAUCGGUGUGGGGCCAGCCAUGUGCCCCGUGAACGCUGUUGUCCCCCUGCCUGCUGCUGCAGGGGCACACGGGCGCUUCGUGCUGCGGGGUGAGGGCGGCUGCAGCCGGGAAGCUCGUGUGCAGACCCUGGAGCCUGUUACCUGGAUGCGGGAGGUGCAGAGCCACGGACACGGCACCAGGAGUCGGGUGGUGCUAAACCCUCUGGAGCAGCUGGAGGAGCUGCUCACCCUGGGACUGCGCACAGAUGAAGGCAUCACGCACGAGUGCUGGGGGCAUUUCUCCCCGCAGUUCAGCCUGCAGGAUGUGUUUGGGGAGCCAGGGGAGGCUCGGGCACUGCAGCAGUCGGGCUGGCUCGUCCUGGACAGCGGCGGCCUGCGGUGCACCUGGGCCGGGCUGGCCGUGCUGGACUCGCUGCUGCCCGACCUGCUGUGGCAGCUGCAGCGGGCACUGGGCGCUGCCCGGUGCCCACCAAGGGACAAGGAGGGCCAGGAUGCCAGGGCUGUAAGCGGCCACGAUGGACAAUAAAGCACGAGAGCAGAGUGCUGGCUGAGCGCUGUUGGGGCAGGGGAGGUGUUCCUGCAGGGUGGUCCAGCAGGGUAAGCCCUGUAUCCCGGUGUUGGGGUCCUAGUGUCCUGUGCCAGUAUCAGGGUACCCCGGAGCUCCAAUAUCCCACUGUGUCCAGGAAUAGGGAUCCCGGUGCCUCGCGGUGUGGACACUGCUGAAAGCCUAGGCAAAUUUCAACCGGGCCUCUUCGCAGGUUCUGACUUUUUCUGAGCUCCGGCCACGAUUUUUCUCAGGGUGAUAGCCUUCUUGCAAAUAGAAAGGAAUUAAUAAACGUAAGAUUAGCACCUGGUGUAAACCGUGAGACAGUGCAUGCUGUACAUGACAUGGGAGGUUUUCUCCCAUUGCCCAAUGAACUGCUGUCCCGUUUGAGAUUCACGAACAGUUCUGUAAAUAUAGGUCAGGUUUUAAUAAAGUGCUUUUUUCCUUCCACCCAAGAAGUGU